AUGCCAAAAGAGGAAUCUGGGGUGGUUUUUGUGGUUCGGAUCCCAAAAAAACAACAACUCUCAUAUGAACAUUUACCUCUGGGAUCUCGAAUUUUUAGAGAAGGAGAAUUUCAACCCGAUCAUUCAGAUAGUGUUGUACCACUAAUGCCAGAAGAGAUUGAUGAUUCCACGAUUCGGAAAGUGGAAAUCAAGCCUUUUAUCAAUAUUAGAAAAAUAAUUUCUGGAAAAUCUCAUUCUAAUAUACUAACCAUGGAUGGGCUUGUGUUAUCAUUUGGAUGCAAUUAUUUUGGGGAGCUUUGUUGUGGAUUUUGUGGGCCUUUAUUAUUCAAAGAAGAACCUAUCGAUUUGUGCAGACAAAAACAGGGAGAAGAUGGUUCUGGAAAUCGCAUCAUACAUAGAGGAAUGAUCCAAGCAGUAGGACCCAUUUCAAAAACGAAAAUUAUUGAUGGAGCUUGUGGAGUUAAUCAUUCUAUUUUCUUAAGCGAAGAUAGUAGAAUAUUUGUGAACGGAAAAUUUCAAAUGAAAUACAUUACGAGCAACAACAAUUCCUUGGAUGAUGCUUGUGUGCCAAUGGAAGUAGAUCAGGAGAACUGUUUUGGAGGCAAGAAACAAAUUAUUUCUGUGGCAGCAUGUGGCUCAUCUUCUGUAGUGUUAACGGCGAAUGGAGAAGUUUAUAAGAGCUCUGCUAUGCCCGUUGAUGAUUUGCAUAGUUGGUAUCGAGUGAUUAUACAAGAUUGUGUAUUCUCACCUGUAAAACUUUUUAGUUUUUUCCUGAGUACUUUUACUUCAAUGCUCUGUGAAAAUGGACAAGUUUACACGAUUUCAGAUAUGGAGUCUCAAUUUAAUAAUGAUGUUUCAAAUGUAGAAUAUGUUAUACCUGGAUAUUACUCUAAUGUUAUUUUCAAGUUAAGGAAUGGGCGAUUUUUUUCGUAUCGAAAUAACAGAUGGAUUGAUUUUGCAACACUUUUAGGGACAGAAGACGAAUUAAUUUCCAUUGAGUUUUGUGCAAAUUCCACUGUCAUCAUGUACACACAAUUUGGAAAAUGUUUGUAUUGUGACGAUUUUAAAACAGUGCAUGACUUGAGCACGCUUGAGUUUUCCAACCAAGGUUGUUCACAUGUCCGAAUUUCUGCAUCUAGAUACAGAUCAUACAUUUAUAACGUACCAUUAUACCAUGCAUCCCCUCUUAUUCAAAAAUCAUUCCCUUGCUUUUGGACAUUAUGUUUUCACGCUACUGCGGAAGGAAAUCAGGGCAUCAUUGUACUUUCUGAUAUUUUCAUUAAGACAAUGACAUGA